GGGGUUUAUCUUCGACCUUUAUCUUACAUCCUACAUAUCCGUAAACCCUAGACCCUCAUUCCCUCACAGUUUCCUCAUAAACACAUCUCUCCAUUUUGCUCUAUCCACCCGUCAUGGCUACACAGAUCAUCUCCCGCUCGUUCCUUCACAAACCCACUAUCUUCUCCCUCCUCAGUCGCUCCUUUACAACACAAACACCUACGCCAAUCAUUUCUCGCUCUCUCGCUCUCAUCCGUUACCUCCGCCCUCUCUCCGCCGCUGGCGCCCAUUUUCCUCUAUCUUCCUCUUCUAUCACCACCACCCGCUCCUUAUCGACCCGUGCUACGAGGUCUUCUCUUAAUGAUCCUUCUCCUAAUUGGUCUAAUAGGCCGCCCAAAGAAACAAUUUUGCUGGACGGCUGUGAUUUUGAGCACUGGCUUGUUGUUAUGGAACCUCCUGAGGGUGAUCCUACCAGAGAUGAGAUUAUUGAUAGCUAUAUCAAAACCCUAGCUGCUGUUGUUGGCAGUGAGGAAGAAGCGAGGAUGAAACUCUACUCAGUUUCAACUAGAUGCUACUUUGCAUUUGGAGCUCUCGUGUCAGAAGAGCUCUCAUACAAAAUAAAAGAAUUGCCCAGGGUUCGCUGGGUCCUUCCUGAUUCAUACUUGGAUGUUAAGAACAAAAAUUAUGGAGGGGAACCAUUCAUUGAUGGGAAAGCUGUUCCAUAUGAUCCCAAGUACCAUGAGGAAUGGAUAAGAAACAAUGCAAGGGCAAAUGAGAGAAACAGACGCAAUGAUAGGCCUCGUAACUUUGAUAGGUCAAGAAAUUAUGACAGGAAGAGGGAAGGCAUGCAGAGCCGAGAUUUCCAGAAUACUGCUCCACCAAUGGGUAAUCAAAGCUUGCAGAACCCUCAAUCCAACAUGGCUAUGCCUAAUCAGGGCAUGCAGAAUUUUCCAUCUAACAUGGCUGGAAUGCCACAGAGCAACAUGGGUGGACCAGGUGGGCCACCUCCGCCGCCUCCUAACAACUAUAUGGGUGGACCACCACCUCCACCGCCAAGCAACUUUAUGGGAGGACCACCACCUCCACCGCCGAACAACUUUAGGGGUGGACCUCCACCCCCACCGCAGAACAACUUCAUGGGGGGACCCCCACCGCCAAACAACUAUAUGGGCCGUCCACAGAACAUGGGAGGAAUGCCACAAAACAUGGGUAGCAUGCCUCCGAACAACGGUGGAGGAAUGCCGCCAAAUGCAGGAUGGUCCAAUAACAUGGGAGGGAAUAUGCAGCAUAACUAUCAGAAUGUACCGAGUAAUGAAGGCAUGUCUCGCCAAGGUGCUCCAUCAAACUACCCCAACUAUAAUUCAAACAGGGAUUCAGCAUGAUCUCAAAAGCCACUAAGCAUGCACUGUAGAUAUCCAAUGAGGAUUUAAUUGAGUUUUCAUAAAAGGCUAAUGUUCAUUUUUCUUAUGAUAUGGUUUUGCAAGGUACUCUGUAUUUGCAUAUUUGCUUGACAUGUGCACAUUUUCAAGCAUAGAAUCCAAUCUGUAGUGUCCUGUGGCAAUCUGCCUACUUUUUUUUUAUGUUAGAAAAAGUACUUUUAAGUGAUAGAA